AUGAGCGUGGGAAGAAUCAAUCGCUACAGCAUUGUGUCGUCCGAGGAAGAGGGCCUCCGCCUCACGACCAUGCAUGGUAUGAACGGCUUUGGCAAUGGCAAGAUCCACACACGCCGCAAAUGCCGCAACCGCUUCGUCAAAAAGAAUGGCCAGUGCAACGUGCAGUUUGCCAACAUGGAGGAUAAGUCGCAGCGCUACAUGGCCGACAUCUUCACCACGUGCGUCGAUAUCCGCUGGCGAUGGAUGCUAUUAGUCUUCACUCUGGUUUUUGUUGUCUCCUGGCUGGCCUUCGGCUUAGCCUUUUGGGUCAUCGCUUUGCUGCACGGAGAUCUGGAUAACCCCGCCGGAGAUGACAACUUCACUCCUUGUGUCCUCCAGGUCACUGGAUUUGUGGCCGCCUUUCUCUUCUCCAUUGAAACACAGUCUACCAUAGGUUAUGGCUAUCGCUGUGUGACUGAAGAGUGCCCGGCGGCUGUCUUCAUGGUGGUCUUCCAGUCCAUAGUGGGUUGCAUCAUCGAUUGCUUUAUGAUUGGCGCCAUCAUGGCCAAGAUGGCGAGGCCUAAGAAGCGAGCACAAACACUGUUGUUUAGCCACAAUGCUGUCAUUGCCAUGCGGGAUGGAAAGCUGUGCCUCAUGUGGAGGGUGGGGAACCUUCGCAAAAGCCACAUCGUAGAGGCCCAUGUGAGGGCACAGCUCAUCAAGCCUCGGAUCACCGAUGAAGGGGAAUACAUUCCUCUUGACCAAAUAGACAUUAACGUGGGCUUUGAUAAAGGUCUGGACCGGAUUUUCUUGGUUUCACCCAUCACUAUUCUCCAUGAGAUAGAUGAGGCGAGCCCCCUGUUUGGGAUCGGCAAACAGGACUUAGAGACAGCAGACUUUGAGAUCGUCGUCAUCUUGGAGGGGAUGGUUGAAGCCACCGCCAUGACCACACAGGCUCGAAGCUCCUACUUGGCCUCCGAGGUCCUUUGGGGUCACCGUUUCGAGCCGGCCUUGUUUGAGGAGAAGAACGUGUACAAGGUGGAUUACUCUCACUUUCACAAAACCUACGAGGUGCCGACCACCCCCCGCUGCAGUGCCAAGGACAUGGUGGAGAACAAGUUUUUAGUCCCGAGCUCUAACUCGUUCUGCUACGAAAAUGAGCUGGCCUUCCUGAGCCGCGAUGAUGGGGAGGAGGAUGUCGGUGGUGGUGGUGGUGGUAGCAGGGCACUGGCGAACCUCAGUCCAGACAGGAACAGCAGACAUGAGUUUGAACGCUUACAGGUCAACAGGACGCUGGAUCAAAGGUCAUAUCGGAGGGAGUCGGAAAUAUGA